UCGGCGUUUUUCUGCGUAACUGUGUGGACGUUUUCCUGAACGGCAAUCAAAAAAGUCUAGCAGACAUUCAACUUUGUAAGCAGAGCUACCUUAAAAGUUGUCAAGCAAGAGAGCAAUUUGCACAAAUUUAUGAAAUUUGCAAAUUCUGUUGAAACUCUACGUAUUUGUUUUUUGAGAAUCUAAAAGUCGUGUUUUGCGUACGCGUGCGAAAAGAACAAAAAAAAAAGCUAACAACUUUUCGCGCUUCUCUUUGAAAAUUAAAUUCUUAAAAAGUAAAAUGGCUGAUGUGGCUGACAAAAAGAACGAGACCCCCGUGGUCGAGAAAGUUGCCGCCGAGGAGGUUGAUGCUGUAAAGAAGGAUACCGUCGCCGCUGCCGACGAAGCAGCAGCGACUGAGACACCGACAACCACAGAAAACGGUGCCGGUGGCGGUGAGGAGUCGAGCAGCAGCGCCGAUGGCGCCAAGGAAAAUGGCGCUGAAGCUUCAUCCGCUGCCGCCGCCGAUGCCGUUGAUGGCGAGAAAAAGACCGAAGCAGCAACAGCUGCCGCAGAUGAGAAGAAGAAGGAGGAGCAGAAGGAUGCCGCUGAGGAGAAAACAGCUGAGGCCAAGCCAAGCAGCGAGGCAUCAGCAGCUGCUGUUGAAAAUGGCGCCGAUGCCGCCGAUGCAUCAGCAGCAGCAGCAGAGGAGCCCGCCAAUGGUGAUUCAAAAGAUGCGCCCGCCGCUGAAGCUGUAAAGCGAAAGGUUGAAGAAGCCGCCGCUGUCAAGGGGGGUGCUGAUGAUGUGGUUGCCACGCCGGAGAAGAAGGCGAAGCUGGACGAGGCUAGCACAAAGGAUGACGUGCAGAACGGUGCCGAGGCCAGCGAGGUGGCUGCCUAAAAAUGUCGCAUCGUGUAUCUCACCUCGCCCCUCCCCCUCACCAUCCACCCCGCUCAGCAACAGCAGAAGCAGCAGCAGAACUACAUAUAAAAUUACUAAUACAAGAAAUCACUCACACCAACAACAAAUGCGCUAAUCAACACACACACACACAUACACAAAACACACACAACUAUAACUGCAGCUGAAUAUGUGUCUGUGUGCGUGGCUGUGUAUGCCUGUGUGCGUGUCUGCGCGCUUCUCUAAUAACAAUCCUGUAAUGGGAGCGUAGUCUUAAAAAAAAAAAACAACAAUUUAACGAUUCUCUCUGACUUUACUAACAAAAACAAAACAAGAAACAAGCAAAAUCCAUUAUCAUUUAAAAAUUUACUUAAACACAAAACAAAACUUAAAUUUAAAGAAAAAUCUAUAUAUAUAUAUAAACAGAAAUAAGAAAAGCAAAAAAAAAAAACAAAUACAAUUUAGAUGCGUUUUAAGCAAUUAUAAAACAAGCAAAAAACAAAGUUGUAAAAAAAUAAAAGCAUCAAAUUUGAUAAUAAAAACAAAAAGAACGAAACAAAAAAAACAAAAAGAAAACACAAAAACAAGUCCUGUGCGUCAAAGUGUAAACGAAAAACAGAUUUUAACUUAACGCAUUUGUCAUUUUUAAGAUAAUUUCUUCAUUAAUUUUAUGUAUGAUCCUAUAUUAUAUAUGAAUAUUUAUAUUUAAAAAAAAAUGAAAGCUCUAUGUUUAAAACUCGAAACAAAUCCUAAAAACACCAACUACAACAACAAAUCAAGUAACAGAAAGCUGCCUCCCACUUUUUUUUUCGAGAAAAUACUUAUACAUAUAUACAUAGAAUUCAGAAAA